AUGAAGACGACAGCAUCGUCACUGGCUUCGGCCUUGCUGCUAAUCAGCGCAUCUCUUGCUUACGCAAAACUUGAUAUCCACAACACUCACAUACAGACCAAUAUUGCUGGAAAACGAAUUGAUGACCUGUUUUCUGGAGUUGAUCGGUCUGGAAACAAUGUUUUCGACAAACGCGACGUCCCUGCUAUUGAACAGGCAAACCCUCUGGAGAACGCACACAUCGUCACCAGGUCUGCACAGAGCGGUCUGGAUGCAGGUGCUUUAUUGAACAGCAUUGCACCAAGUCAGAGCGUCGGUAACGGAGAUAUCACCACCAACGACGUCGGUGGAGAUAUUGCCAAUCAGAUUGCUGCUGGAAGUACGAAUACCAUUGGCAAUACUGGCAGUGGGGCAGGUGGACAGACGCAGGGUGGAUCGGCGAAUGAUACUACAGUGCAGGCACAGAGUCAGACGCCUGCGCAGUCCCCUGCGCAGGGAACUACUCCAGGAGCUGCCCAAGGUCUUGCGCAGGGAACUCCUCAAGGAAGCACUCAGGGAACUCAAGGAACUCAGGGAACUCAGGGAACUCCUCAAGGAACAACUCCAGGAACUGCACCGGUCAAUUCUCCAGGUCAAGGAAGCGACAUCAUUUCGAACGAUGUGGGAGCUGCUCUCGCGAGCCAACUGACACCAGGUGGUGAUUCGAACGACGUCAACGUUCAGGAUGUCGGUGGAGCCAUUGCGAAUUCAAUCGCACUUGGGGGACAAAGUCAACCAACACCACUACCACAGGGCCAGCAACCGCCACAGGGUCAACAGCCACCGCAAGGCCAAGCACCGCAACAGAAUCCUUCACCGCCACCAUCGGGUCAGGCACCCCAACCUAUGGCACCCGCAGCGGGCCAGACUGCACCAGAAGCAGCUCCAAUGGCGGCUCCGAUGGCGUCUUCAGAAGCAGCCCCAGCAACACCUCCUGAAAUGGGUUCAGCACCUCAGGCCAUGGCACCCGCAGCAGCUAUGGAGGCAUCACCAGCAGCAUCACCUGCAGCGGCUCUAGAAGCGUCCCCAGCGGCGGCUCUGAAUGCGUCUUCAGUAGCAUCACCUGCAGCAUCCCCUGAAAUGUCUCUAGCGCCAUCUCCAGAGGUAUCUUCAGCAGCAGCUCUAGAAGCAUCUCCAUCAUCAUCUGAGAUGUCACCAAUGGCAUCCCCUGAAGCGCCUGCAAAAGCAGCUUCAGAGGCAUCUCCUGCCAUGUCGUCAGCCAUGUCAGGAGGAUCUCCCUCUUCAAAGCCCGUCAUAACCGUGACCCCACCAGGAAAGUCGUCUCUGCCAGCAGUAACACCUAUACCCUGGACCAACUCACCUUCAAAAAUGGGGGGAAUGAAAAUCAGUGCAAGCGCAGAGGGAGCUGCCACCCCAGCAGCGAUAUCUGCGGAAAGCACCAGCACUAUGAUGGCUGGCGCAGAAAUGGCCUCGCCAGGUUCCAUGGCCAGCAACGGAACCGCUGCAGCUGUAACAGUAAUUGCCGAGGGUGGCUCGCCAGCUGCCGCAGAAGCGGUUUCCAGUUCCAUGUCUACUAGCAUGGGAUCAAUCGACACGGCAACCCUGACACCAGGUGGCCUUGCUGCUGCAACCACGACGACAGCGGUAGGCAGCCCUAUUGCAGUCAUCGCUCAAGGCAAUGUCACCGCCAGCUCCAGCGGCGCUGCAAUGACUAUGGCAUCUGAGGGUUCCGGGGCAAGCAGCCCUAUGAUGAGCAUGGCGUCCGGCAGUAGCGCUGCACCGGCGGCAGCCGCAGUUACAGUUGUUGCAGGGUCAGGAAACUCGUCUGAGUCGUCAGGCAUGAUGAGUGGCGGGUCUUCUGGGUCUUCUGGAUCGUCCAUGUCUUCUAUGAGUGGAGCUUCGGCUACGGCUGAUGCUGCUUCAGGAGGUGUAGCCGGCCCAGUGACUGUUAUCGCAGGCAACGGAACAUCACCUACUGCCGCUGCUGAGGCUGCCAGUGGAUCAACCUCCAUGGUCUCUGGUAUGAGCUCAGGGUCUAUGGGCUCGAGUGGUUCGUCUGGUGGUUCCUCAAACGGAACGUCGGUCGGACCCGUCACGGUUAUAGCAGGCGGCGGCGAGGCUGCUGCUGCGGCUGCGACGCGAGCAGCGGAGAACGGAGGCUGCAAUUGCUCUUGUCUGUGUCCUGCUGGUUCGUUCUCCAUGGCUCCACCACCAGCCCCAGCGUUCCAACUGGGCUCUUCAAGUACAAUGCAGACAAUGGUUGCCAGCCCCAUCACCGUCGAGGCAGGAAGCAGUACAGCAGGUGCAAGUUCAGGUUCCAGCUCCAGCUCCAGCUCAGCCUCGAGCGGAUCCAGCAUGGCAUCCAUGUCUAGUGAAUCCUCCUCCUCCUCCUCAUCUUCCUCGUCUGAAUCACCAAUGUCCACAACUUCCUCCUCCGCCGCAACAUCAACGUCUGCCGAAGCAGCUAGUUCAAGCUCUGCAGCUACACCCGCAGCCACUACUUCUUCGUCCUCUUCUUCAGCAGCGACUAGCAUCUCGGCUCAAAGCCAAAUCGCAGCCGAUGCGCCACCCGUACCUACACCUAUUGGCGGCACUGAAACGCCAGCGGGCGGCCUGCCAUUCAACAUCAACACCGUUGAUUUGCAGAGCCGUGUCACGGUGAAUUUGGGAAGGAGGCUAGCGAAGCCGACGCAGGCAGCUAGGGGAUGGUGGUCGUGA